UUAAUAUGACCAGGAGAUGGCGGUAACGACGUACUAAACGCAGUUCUUACCCUUCAAACCACCAUCGAGGUAGAGCUGGAUCAACAUGGCGGCACGGAAGGUCCUCAGCACGGGGAUGGGGUUUCUGCAGUCGUCCUUGCCGAUUUGUAGACAGGCCUACAGAAGUUCACUUGGAGUGGUGGAGCAGGUCAGGAGCUACUAUGUUGACUGGAGGAUGCUUCGGGAUGUGAAAAGGAGACAAAUGGCAUUUGAAUAUGCAGAUACAAGACUGCGCAUCAAUGCCAUCAGGAAGAAUACUAUUUUGCCAAAAGAGCUACAGGAGAUAGCUGAUAAAGAAAUAGCCGCACUACCUCGAGACAGUUGUCCCGUGCGCAUUCGCAACAGGUGUGUGAUGACAUCUCGUCCUCGUGGAGUGAAGCGCAGGUGGCGUCUUAGCCGCAUUGUUUUUCGGCAUUUAGCAGACCACAACCAGAUGUCGGGAAUUCAGAGAUCAAUGUGGUGAUCAGCCAUGGGAUUGUUCUAAAACCUUGUCAUAAAAGAGAAGAUAUUCUUGCAUAAAAUGCAGAGACACAGAGCUGGAAAACCAACAAGCACCUGCUCAUUUGUUGUAUUAUUAUUUUUUGUUUUAUUUGUACUAAAUUGAUUCAGAUUUCACAUUGUCCUUUUUUUUUUGUCUUCAACUGAUGGCAAUUUAUAUAAGUUAUUUUAUUGUAGAUACAAUAAAAAGGUAUUAUGUGCUA